UGAUUUUAAUGUCCUCAAAUAGCUGACUUCUGCAAUCUAAGUCCAAAGCCUUGUUUUGGAAAGGCGAAGUGCGAAGAAACUUCAAUACCUGGAGUUGUAAAGUGUAUUUGUGAAGGACCAUAUUCUUACUACGAUGGGUCGAGCUGCAAAAAUACAAGUUGCUUUCUUCUUGGUGAUCGCAAAAGUUGUAAAGAUGAUUGCCCCUCUAACAUGCAGAAGAAAAAAGGAAGUGAAGAUUGUGAAGCGAAAGAGGAAAAAAAUCGUUGCAGCAACGAGUGUGGACUUGGAUGGUGCAUAAAAAAUGGAGAUAAACAAGGGUGCAGCUGCAAUACUACAUUUAGCGUGUAUAAUACAGAAAAGGGUAAAUGUGUCCUCAAAAAGACCUUGUGCGCUAGCAGGUUACUUACAGAUGACUUGAUGAAAUGUAAAUGCACUGGCAUUUAUAAGUAUGCAUCAAAUGGCAUUACAUGUGAAAAAAGAUCAUGUGCUGACGACGAUGCACAAAAGGACUGUAAAGAAAAAAGUGCCGGUAAAUGUGAGGACAAGUGGACAGAUCAGCAGAUACCCUAUAAAUGCAGAUGUACUGGUGACUAUAAGGAAGAUUCGCAUAAUAACGAUAUAUGCACAGAACCCUGUAGUUUAUUCAAAAUAAAAGCGGAGUGUGGUGGGAAGGGAAAAGUCUGCUAUCUAAAUGAUAAAGCUGAGGGAAAUUGCGUUUGUCCUCCUCCGUUUAAAAAUGAGGGUACCUGCAGUACAUUGGGUGAAUAUGUCCAUAAGUUACAGAAUGUACGUGUCUUAAAAAAGAGAUAUAUCAAGUCUGAAUCUGUUAUCGAUAUUAUAUCGUUGACAAAAGAUAUCCAGGAAAGUAUGAAGACAAUGUACAUGAAUCUGAAAGACGCUUACCUUUACAACCACCGACUAGACAAAGAUAUUAUAAGCUGUGAUAUCUGGCUGGAGUUCAAGAAGAAUGCAUCUGAAGAAGUAAGCCGUUUCGAUAAACAGGGAGUCAGUGAUGUUGAAUGUGAUAACUGCAUCAAGGAUGUUGUUCUGCUUCCGCCAUCUUUACUUUUAGAAAAAGGAAGUAUUAAAAACGUUACGGAAGAAGAGAUGGAUGUUUGUUCAGCAAGCGAGGCACUGUGUGGUCCUUACGCCGACUGUAAAAAUAAUAAAUGUUCUUGCCGAGAAGGUUUCCAAAUUUCCGAAUAUGGAGCAAGACAAGGGAAAACAUUCACCAUUGUGAGAUGUGAAGAUAUUGAUGAAUGCAAAAAAGGUACCCAUUCUUGUUCUGCUAAUACAACGUGCCAGAACACAAUUGGAAGCUACAACUGCAUAUGCAAACCGGGUUAUAAGAAAAAAGAUGAAAAAAAAGUGACUUACAAAUAUGAAUUGAAUAAAGACCCCUGUGUUGAUCUGUGCACCCCAAAUCCGUGCGGCGACAAUGGAGUUUGCAGUAUCAGUGAUGAUAAAAUGUUUGAUUGCAAGUGCAAAACUGGAUACGAAGGAACUUUAUGUGAUAGAAAUAAUGUAGCAUAUGCCAAUGCUAAAACGGCUACUACAGUGGUCGGUGCUGUAUUGGGAGUUAUCUUGGCCAUCUGUCUCAUUGCAUUCUUUUUAUACGUCAGAAGGGUAAGAAAGAAUUCCGAUUCUGAAGAUUUUAGCCCUGUGCCAACAAGACAAGACAAUGCAGAAAUGACCGAAAGGAGGCAAUCAGAGGUGCAACGAACAGAGGAUAUCAAUGAAAGAUAAGAGUACAUUAGACUGCCUGUCUGAGACGUGGCAUCAUGUAUAAUACUGUACCAUAAACCUUUUUUUUUUCCUUUAUGGACUAUAUAAGAUCAUCGAAACUGUUUCAUAACACUUAGAAGCGCACUUAUCUAUUGCAUCUGCAACAAAAAAUUUCUUCAAACGUAAUGCAUAGAUACGAUUCUGCUCAAUCAAGACAUCAAAAAUUGUUUGAAUCAAAGGUUUUAUAGUAUUUUAAUGUAAUUCUUAUUUCAGUAUGUUAUAUUUAUGAUACUAAUAUAUUUUACUUCUUAUGUCACCUGUUUCAUAUAUGUGUGUAAGUCAUUUUCUUGUUUAUCAUCAAACAUUGUAAAUUUUUUCUUUAAAAUCUGUAUUUCAGAAUUUUCAAUAAAACAUAAUAACUCUUUUAA